UUUCGUGUCCAUAGAUACAGACCUUAACAGGCUAUUCGUCACCAGCCUUGGAGGUGGAUUAAGGUAUGUUGAAUCGAUGAAACCAGUUUCAGCAAGCAAAUCAUUAAAUAACUGAAGAACCCAAAAAAAAAACCUGUCGUAAAAAUUAUCCUCCGACUGCCGCCAAAGCCUUUACAUCCCACAUUCAUUGCACAGUAACACUCUGCUACCACCGAUUGCUCGAAAUCCACCAACGUUUUAGGCUAGUAUUGGAAUCAAUGUCCUCAAAAACACAAAAUCAAGGAUCCUGGAAAUGAGGAAACAUCGGUACAUCACUGCAUAAACAAAACGCCAAGGUGAAUUACAUUGGCGAUCCGUUCCAAUUGCUAGUUGGAAUUAGUCACAACCACGGAGAGUAUGUUGGAAUAGCAAGCAGAUUUAAAGCGAGGGAGCAAAUAACAUAAAUUAUGACUAAUUCACUCAGAAGCUCAAUUAUUCAUGUAUUUUUUUUUCAUAAUUUGUAAAUAAUCUUAGCAAAACGCCAGUUCCAUGUGAAUGGUAUGGUCCGAUUCGCGGCUUCAACGAUCUAUGAAAUUCAGCCGCGUAGUUCAAAUUUUACGCUGCUGGAGCGAUGUUUCUCUCUCUUACACUCUUCUUCUUCUUCUUCGCUCAAACAACUGCUGCAGAUUCAUGUCCAGUUAUUAAUAUCCGGCCUCCAUCGCAACUCCUGCUUCGCUGAGGAGAUCAUCCAGUUGUGCACCGGUUCACUUAGGGCGAAACAUAAAAUUGAUUGCAUAAAUCACGCUCACCGUGUUGCUAAUUGCUAUCAAAACUCCGAAUCCUCGUCAUGGAACAGUGUGAUAAGUGCCUACGCCACCUCCAAUUCGGGUUCGCAGCGAGAGGCCAUGAGGGCUUUUCUCGAUAUGCGGCGCUUGGGAGUCGGACCCGACGACCAUACUUUCCCUUAUGUGUUUAAGUCGUGCGCUUCAUUUUUCGGCUUCAGUGAGGGGCGGCAGGUUCAUGGGGAUGCGUUGAAGCAUGGUUUACAUCUAAAUGUGUAUGUGCAGAACACCAUGAUUCAUUGCUAUGGGUCUUGUAAGAAGGUGAUGGAUGCAUACAGGGUGUUCGAUGAAAUGUCUCACAGAACUCUUGUUUCAUGGAACUCGAUGAUGAAUGUUAAUGUGGAGUGUGGAUGGUUUUCUGAAUCGGUGGAGCUUUUUCUCAAGAUGAGACGCAGUGGAUUUAUGGCGGACGAGACGACCAUGGUGAUUGCACUCCCUGCUUGUGCGGAGCUUGGGAAUUUUAGCUUGGGAAAGUGGUUGCAUUCUCAGGUGAUUGAGAAUGGCAUGGUUGUGAAUUGUCAGCUGGGAACAGCUCUCGUCGACAUGUAUGGGAAAUGUGGGAAUGUUGGUUAUGCUAGUUUAGUUUUUGAUAGGAUGGUUCAUCGAAAUGUCUGGACAUGGAGCUCUAUGAUCACUGGGUUUGCGCAGCACGGGUUUGCUAGACAGGCCCUCGAGAUAUUUCAGGAGAUGAGGAAUCAAUCCACCAAGCCUAAUCACGUGACUUUUCUUGGAGUUCUUAGUGCGUGUAGCCAUGGUGGAUUGAAGGAGGACGGGGAGCGUUAUUUCAAAGAGAUGGAACAAGUGCAUGGGAUCAAGCCCAUGAUGGUACACUAUGGCGCCAUGGUCGACAUGUUGGGCCGUGCUGGCCGUCUGAAAGAGGCUUACGAGUUUGUGAUGAGCAUGCCUAUUGAGGCUGAUGGUGUUGUGUGGAGGGCGUUGCUCAGCUCUUGUCACAUUCAUGACAUUAAUGACUACAGCGGUGUGAGGGAGAAAGCAAGGGAGAAGCUGAUGGAACUAGAACCGAAGAGGAGCGGAAACCUUGUGAUGAUUGCAAACAACUAUGCUGAAGUUGGAUUGUGGGAGAAAGCAGGUGACCUCAGGAGCAAAAUGAGAGUCAAAGGGAUGAAGAAGAUAGCUGGAGAAAGCUGCAUAGAGAUAGCCGGUAACCCUUUUAGAUUCUUGUCCGGAGACGACUCUUGCUUUGCGUGGGAUGAUAUAUUCUUGCUGCUGAAAAUACUUAACUUGCAUAUGAAGAUGGUCUGUUUUGAAUGAAAUGUGUUGUCAUAUUUGAAAUGUGUUGUGUGAUUUAGUCAUAAUAGCUGUUUGUUUGAA